UUGUUUAUACUUUUCACGUUUUCCGAAAGUUGCACAGAGGCGGACGGUAGUGCAAUAGAAAUGACCGAUUUAGCAUUGGAUAUCGGAGAUAAAAUUUCCAUGAACAUGGGAAAACAGGCCAUAAAUGUUCAAGUGCAUGGUCCCUCUAAUGACGAUCACGAAGAAAAAGUCACUAUAUUAUCGCUCAAUGACGAUGUUUUCCAGGAAAUCCUUUCUCAUUUACCUUAUGAUGAAAUAGCAAAACUCAGAUUGGUAAGUCGCCAUUUCAACGAAGUGUGCCAAAAGAUCUUGAACAAAGGCUUCUUGGCUGUACAACGAUACCACAAUCGUUGCCUCAAAGAAAUGAAAGCUAAGUUACCGAGAAGGGAGUCAGAAAGAAGGACACACCCUCUUGCCAGACAUAUCGAUGUCCUCACAGGAAUUGAAACACGUCUGUCUCUCUUGUCAAUGACUUAUUACAAGUACACAGUGCUCGGAGUCUUUUGUUUCAUCCCAGGAAAAGUACUGGAUGAAUGUUACCGAGUCCUGAGGGAAGUUGUAGUACAUAAAAAUCCACCCAAGUCUUAUGAACUGUUACAAGAACUUAGAGAUAUUUCCUCAAUGGCAAUGGAACACUUUGAAGAGCACAUAGUUCCCACUAUGAAACGUAACCAAAUGAUCAACACUGCGAUUCGUAAUAACUCACCGCGUUUCAUCCGUUGUCUUGCCGAUGCUGAUGACAGCGAUAGCGAGUCGAAUUUGCCGUCUCCGUCCUCCGCUGCCAGUUGCACACCACUCGCGAGCAAAACUCUAAACAAUUUCGUCCGUGCUUCAUUCACUAGCCCUAACACAAAUCAAAGCAGCCUCUCGUCAAAUCUCAAGAUAGAAUUGGCAGUUCAGCAAAAUCGCAUGACAAUCAACAGUCAGAAAAAGCAGAUUAUGGAUCUCAGAACUAAGUUAUUUGAUUAUGGAAGAAAAAUUGCCGAGCAAGAUAGAUUAUUGAGUGAAUACAGCCGAAAGCUUAUACAGCUUGAAAAGAAAAUCAGCAGCAAUGAAACCGACGGCGAUCGUGUUCCAUCGGUCGUAACUCCGCCUCCAAGUGGUCGUAAGAGACCAGCGGAAGAAGAUGAAGAAACAGUUGUCGAAGAACCUCCAAUCGUAAAACGCAAUAUUCUCAAGACUGUUAAAGGGCAAAAAUCUGUCGUUUCUAGUUUUUCGAUGUCACUGCGCAGUCGCAAGAGUUUACAAUAAAACGACGCCCAUAGAAAGAAAACAUCGUGUUUGUAACUAGACGGACCACAUUACGUUUGAUUAUCAUGUGUCUAUUUUGGCGGGGUUUAUUUAUAAUAACACCAUCUUUUUAUUAGCUGUCCCCGAAAUUUGUUUUCUACGAUUCGUUCAGAAAAUUGUCGACAGUUGAUUUGUACGAACCGUACUAAAACCUUGAAUAUACCAUCGUGGACAUAUACCAAAA